AUGAGAAAUCUGAAUGAGAUAUAUCCAACUUGUAAUUUCUGUCAAUUGGAACCAGAAGAUUCCAAUGAAGCUAUGAAUAAGGUUGCUUGGAAGAAAGCAAUGCAGGAUGAAAUCACCGUCAUUAAGAAGAAUGCCACUUUGGAACUAACUGAGGGACUAAGUGAGAAACCUGUUAUAGGGGUAAAGUGGGUUUACAAAACAAAAUUGAACUUGGAUGGAUUUGUGCAGAAGAACAAGGCUAGGUUGGUUGCAAAAGGCUACUCACAGCAACCUGGGGUAGAUUUCAAUGAGACAUUUGCCCCAGUUGCUAGAUUAUACACCAUUAGGACCCUUAUUGCUCUUGCAGCACAAAAAGGGUGGAAAUUACACCAAUUGGACGUUAAAUCAGUUUUCCUAAUUGGAUAUUGA